AUGAAACAACUUGAAGAGUAUAAAAAUUUGAAAAUCAAAUUUCCCUACGAUCAAGAUCCUUUAAAUUGGUGGAAAGAAAACGAAUCUAAAUACUCACCUGUUUCAUUACUAGCCAAAAACUACUUAAGUAUAGUGGCCACUAGUGUUCCCUGUGAACGGUUAUUUAGCGAAGCUGGAACAAUCAUUUCCAAGAAAAUAAAUAGAUUAUCUCCUGAGCGACUCAAUCAACUGUUAUUUUUGAUUUAA